GCCCCAUUCAUUUUUAAUUCUGUUUUCUUUUCUUUUUUCUUUUUGGGUUGAAUUUCCUUAUGCGGAGGCAUCGGAAACAGGGAGAGAAAGAUGAAGGAGGAGAAUGCAGCAGAUCAGAACGGUGCAAAAAUGGCCAACAAAAUCGAUGCCCUCGUUUAUAUGUGGGGUUAUCUUCCUGGAGCCUUGCCGGAUAAAUCCCUUUUGCUCUCGCCGGAGCCCGUGCGUCUUCCAGGUUCAACCGAUGGUGGGGAUUCCUGGAAGGAAGUCUGCGGUGGUGGUUGUGGAUUUGCUAUGGCCAUUUCAGAUUCGGGAAAAUUAAUUACGUGGGGUGCGGCGGAUGAGGAAGGUCAAAUUUAUCUGACUUCCGGAAAACAUGGGGAGAUUCCCGAGGCGUUUCCUUUUCCAACUGAGGAUUUGGUCGUCAAGGCUGUUGCCGGUUGGGCUCAUUGUGUCUCAGUUACAGAGGCUGGCGAAGUGUACACAUGGGGCUGGAGCGAGUGCAUACCCUCCAUGAAAACUUUGCGAGAUUUGGCCAUUGGAGGGGGUUUGUUGAAGGAUUCUACUGGGAAACAAAGUUUAACUACAACUGAGCAAGCUGGACCUCAAGACUCAAACGGAGUUGAUAGAAUGGACGACAAUAAAAGGGUUGGAGAGGAAACUGCGAAACGAAGAAAAAUCAAUUCUGUCAAGGAAGAUACUGAAAUCUCAAGUCCAGGGGAUGAGUUAUUUACCACGUUACCUUGUCUUGUAAAUUUUGGGCCUGGAGUGAAGAUUACUGCAGUUGCUGCUGGUGGACGCCACACAUUAGCUCUAUCAGAUAUGGGACAGGUGUGGGGUUGGGGCCAUGGUGGUGAAGGACAAUUAGGUUUGGGUACUCGGGUGAAGAUGGUAUCUUCCCCUCAUAUCAUACCUUGCAUUGAAUUGCCUGCUUCUGCUAAAGAUAGGUCUUCAGUAAUUUAUCAAGGAUCCAAAGCUGCUGCUGGUAAAGUGCUAGGAAAUUACGUGAAGGGGAUUGCUUGUGGAGGUCGCCAUAGCGUCGUAGUAACAGUUUGCUUCACUCUGCUUAUAUGCUUAUACGUACCAUAUCAGAUACGGGGGCACUGCUUACCUUUGGAUGGGGCCUUUACGGACAGGUCUGCUUUCUUUCCCUAUCGUCUUUCUAUGUGUGGGCAAGGGAACACCAAUGAUCUACUGAGACCGACGUGUGUGUCUUCUUUAUCUAGUACCCAAGUGGAAAGCAUUUCUGCUGGGUUGUGGCACACUGUUUGUAUUACUGCUGAAGGCCUUGUCUAUGCCUUUGGGGGCAACCAGUUUGGACAGUUGGGAACUGGUACUGACCAGGGUGAGACCAUACCAAGGCUUUUGGAUGCUCCAAUAUUGGAGGGUAAACGUGCAAAUAGAGUUUCUUGUGGUGCUCGACACAAUGUCAUACUAACAGAUGAUGGCCAGUUAUUUUCGUGGGGUUGGAACAAAUAUGGCCAGCUUGGUCUUGGAGAUUCAAUUGAUCGCAACAUACCAUCCAAGGUAUCUAUCGAAGGAUGUUUACCACGAAAUAUUGUUUGUGGUUGGUGGCACACGCUAAUGUUGGCCGAAGUUGAACCAUCAAAGUAAUUGUGGAAAGAUGUCAAUAUGAAGGGAAUAACUCUUUUGUCAUAUAUCAUGUGGUUAAUGUUUUAGUGCUGCCUGAACAUCAUUUGUUUGUUUAGAUUCAUUAGUUGAGUAGGAGUAGAUAUCAAACUUGAAUCCUCCGUUUUGGAUGGUUCAUUAGAAGAUGUAGUCAGAUAUUCCUCUUACUAUUUUAAAAUGGUAAGAAAAUGAAUAUCCAAUCUUUGCAAUUAA